UGGGCCGUGAGAACGGGACCCUCCCUCACCUUCUGUCCGACCUCUCGCCGAAGACGAUGACGACAAUGUGACCGCCGGGCUCGGUCAGCGCCAUGUGACCUGCUAUUAUGGAUCUGAGAAUCAGCAUACAUUGAAUCAACACUCAUCCAGUCACAAUGGUCCCACUUCUGUUUUUGGUGGCAACCACAGCAACAUCCAAUUCCACCGGCAAUGGCAACAAUACACACGAAGACGUUAAAUCCACCAGCAACCACAUCCUCCCCAUCAUGCUGGUCCUGUCCCUGCUGCUGCUCAUCGUCGCACUGCUAGCCUGGUACUUUCUCAGGUUAAAAAACCAGAAAAAACCAGUUGUCACGACAGUUGACAAGAAAAUACCAAAUGGCAUCCUGGAGGAACAAGAGUUUGGAUACAGUACUGAGUCGUUAUACACCACUGUACCCCCAGAGCAACAGACGGUGGUCCUUCUGCCCAGAUCCCCUUCGGCCUCCAAGACCUUCUUCCCCAUCCCGGUGGACCACCUCGAGGAGGAGUACAGGCUCCGCUCUGCUGAUGACGGCAAGCUCUUCAGGGAGGAGUACAAUUCCUUGCCAGGGGGUAAUGCCCAGGGGACGUACGAGGAGGCCAACAAGGACGACAACAAGGAGAAGAACCGAUACCCCAACAUCCUCCCCUAUGAUCAUUCCAGAGUGGUGUUGACUCAGCUGGAUGGAAAUCCCUGUUCAGACUAUGUGAAUGCCUCUUAUAUCGAUGGUUACACAGAAAAGAACAAAUUCAUAGCAGCACAAGGUCCCAAAGAAGACACGGUAGCUGAUUUCUGGAGGAUGAUAUGGGAGCAGAAAGUAGCGACUGUUGUCAUGCUGACAAAUCUGAAAGAGAGGAAAGAAGACAAGUGUUACCAGUACUGGCCAGAUCAGGGCUGUUGGACCUAUGGGAAUGUGAGGGUGGCAGUGGAAGACUUUACUGUCCUGGUGGACUACACCAUACGCAAGUUCUGUGUACAAUAUCAAGCCAGCGAUGCCGCUAAGACUCCCCGGCCAGUGACCCAGCUCCACUUCACCAGCUGGCCUGACUUCGGAGUUCCUUUUUCCCCCAUUGGCAUGCUCAAGUUCCUAAAAAAGGUCAAGGCAGUGAACCCACCCUUCUCUGGGCCCAUUGUGGUUCAUUGCAGCGCUGGUGUUGGGAGGACAGGAACCUUCAUCGUAAUAGACGGCAUGAUCGACAUGAUGUACGCGGAGCAGAAAGUUGAUGUGUUUGGUUUCGUCUCUAAGAUACGAGAACAGCGCUCACAGCUGAUUCAGACUGAUAUGCAGUACUCAUUCAUCUACCAGGCCCUGCUUGAAUACUACCUCUAUGGAGACACAGAGCUGGACGUGUCAUCUCUGGAAGGCCAUCUGCACAAACUGCACAACACCUUUGCAAACGGUGACCGGGUCGGCCUAGAAGAAGAGUUUAAGAAACUGACCAACAUGCGAAUAAUGAAGGAGAACAUGAGAACUGGGAACCUUCCAGCCAACAUGAAGAAGAACAGAGUCCUGCAAAUUAUUCCAUAUGACUUCAACAGAGUCAUUCUCUCCAUGAGAAGAGGUCAGGAGUUCACCGAUUACAUCAAUGCGUCUUUCAUAGAUGGCUACAGACAGAAGGACUACUUCAUUGCCACCCAGGGCCCUCUGCCACACACAGUAGAAGAUUUCUGGAGAAUGGUGUGGGAGUGGAAAUGCCACUCCAUUGUCAUGCUCACUGAGCUCCAGGAGAGGGAGCAGGACAAAUGUUGCCAAUACUGGCCCACAGAGGACUCAGUCACCUACGGAGAUUACACAGUAGAGCUGAAGGGAGACACUUUGUGUGACACCUUCAGUCUACGAGACUUGGUACUCACCUUUGUCCCGGAGAAGCAGACAAGGGUGAUUAGGCACUUCCACUUCCACGGCUGGCCGGAAGUCGGCAUCCCGGCCGAGGGGAAAGGCAUGAUCGACAUCAUCGCCUCAGUGCAGAGACAGCAGCAGCAGUCUGGGAACCAUCCCAUUGUCGUACACUGCAGUGCUGGUGCAGGGCGAACAGGUACGUUCAUUGCACUGAGCAAUAUCUUGGAGCGAGUCAAGGCAGAAGGCCUGCUGGACGUGUUCCAAACUGUGAAGAGUUUACGCAUGCAGAGGCCUCAUAUGGUCCAAACUGUGGAACAAUAUGACUUCUGCUACAGGGUGGUACAAGACUUUGUCGACAUUUUCUCAGACUAUGCCAAUUUUAAAUGAUGAGAUUUGCCUUAAACAUGGUUUUUAAUGUUGUUUUCUAAAGCUGGUUUGUCAGUUUAUGUGUUUCUUUAACUUGGUCAAAUGAUCUUCUAUUUUGCUAUGCACUUGUCCUACCAUUAACUCAAAUCUCCAUCCUCGCUGUAAUAUAGUGUAUGUCAGUGAAUGAAAAUUGUAAAUGAAAAACAUUAGAUUAAUAAUGUAUAUUUCACAUCAUGUAUGAUAAUUAUUUUGUCAUGAAGUGUUUUAAACAUGGUCUCUUAUUUCAGUUUUGUUGUAUAAUAUAUUGUACUUUAAAUGUUUAUCUAAGUGUCAUUUUUGAUUGACCACGUAAUAUUUUUAAAAGUUGUAGUUAUUGUAAAUGUAUUUAUGUAUUGACAAUGACAUUACAGUCCUGCAUUUGGAGAACACAACAAGAAUGUUCAGAUUCGGGUUUGUUAUUUUGUUGUUGUUGUUUUUAAACUCAUACAUUCUUUCAUUUAUUUACGACUUUGAGAUUAGAAGCGAUAUUGAAAUUAUUUUUCAUUGUCCUCAAGCUACAUGCCCAUCACGAAUGUGAUACUUUUCUAAUGGAAAUAUUGUCAGAAAAAGAAUGAAUCAUCUCAGCCAUAAUGCAGAAAACAAAAGUUAUGCAACAUAGGCUGAGGUGAUGAUACUGGGGUCAAUUUCCAAUACAGAUUCAGGCAGAAGUUUCACAGUUAGACGUAUCACAGGGUCAUGAAAGACCAUUAAACUGGUUUUGUACCUCAAAAUGUGGUAUGCAACUGCAUUUAACAUGGAUGUAAUGUUACUACAGCCUGCCUUUUGUCUGUAGACAACAAAAAGUAUUUUGCUAAAAUGACUGCACAUUAAAAAGCACAUAUAACAAAGCCUUUUGCCAAGAACCUGCAAUAUUUAUCGCUUUAUUUGUAUUAUAGAUAAGAAAUUUUUCACAAAUCAGUGCCAAUGUACCUUUUUUAAGACAUGGAAAAGUAGUACAUACCUAAAUUGAAGGCCGGGCAUUGACAGGUGAUCUUAGGAAGGGGUAAGAGCGGUUGCUAAAUGCAGUAGAGUCAGUACAAUUUCAUGACAACCUGAGUGAGAUGUACAGUUAACACACAUUACAAGUAACUUCAGAUGUGUCUUGUAAUGUCAAAAACCACAGUACACAAAUGUGGUGCUUCAGUGCCUGCUUAAUGCCAGAGCAACAAAAAAACAUCCCAAACUAACAAUGUUUUCAUUUACUGUUUUAGAAUAAAUGGGUUGAGGAAAGUAUCUGAAUGUGACACAACUUUUCUGUGGAUUUCUUUCAAGACAAUAACUCCCAUCCAUCUGGUACUCCAACAUUCAACCAAACAUUUUGACUAAACUGACCCAGCUCUGCUUUAAUCCUCAAUGAAAUGUGUAAUUUUGUUGAUGCUGUAUGUAAAUACUACAUGACAAAGUGCUAACAUUGUGAAAGUCGCUGAGCAGCAAGGAACUGUCAAGUGAUUGGUCUUAUUUUCUGUGCUAUUCGUCUGUGGGAGAUGCGAGAUGCAGCACAAGAAGAAACCAAGACUUAACAAAACAGCCCAAGUCUAUUUUCCCACGGCUUCUGUUCUGUCUUUUAAGAAUAUUGAGGAGGGUCUGUUCAGACUACAGUUCUUUGCCUUUGCUCUCCCUCUGUGGGUGUUCUAUCCCUUUUUGGAUUCUCAAUGUCUUUGAAAUGCAAGUUGCAAUAUUAAAUUCAUCUGAAAAUG